GAUGAGCUGCAUCCAUCCCUGUGAAAGAUGCAGAAGGAGAGAGACCACUGAAACCCUGCAGCUCUUUCAUUUCAACCUCACGUAUGCACCACUGGAUGCUGGGGCAGCUGCUUUAAGGGGGUACAGGACCAUGAGAGGAGGAUGCCUCGAGACAGUCUGAUCACCUCUGAGAAUGACAUUGACAUUGGACUGGAAUUUGCAGGUGACGAGGAUGAAGUUUCCAGUUUUCAAGAGGAACAUGAGAGGGAGAGACACAGAGCAAAAAGAAGGGACGGUGAUAGAGAGAAAAAGAAGAGGAGGAAAGGGAGGAGAAGACGAGCAUCAAGAGCAGGAGAAAGAGAAGAUGAGCUACAGGCCAGGCAUGAGAAAAGAGAGGCGGGCAGGAGAAAGAGAGCAAAGAAUUAUCAAGAAUCAGAAGGAAGAGAGAGGGACGAGGAGGAGCAGGCCCAAAUAAAAACGGGUAAGACGGCAAAAACUAAGAAGAACAUAAAGAAUGAAAAAACAAGAAAAGUGGAGCAGGAGGAGGGAGAAGCUGAAGAACGAAAUGCAAAGGGAAAAAAGAAACAUGGGAGUGCCAAAAAAGAAGAGAAAGACGAGGACGGAGGUAAAUGUGCAGCGAAGGAGAAGACACAGGAAGUGAAGAAGAAAAAGCACAAGAGAGUAGUUGAAACAAGCUCAGAGCAGGAGACCAGUGAGGAAGAUGUCAAUGAAGAAGAGGACAGUGAGGAGAAGGAGCUGAGGCCAGAGUCUCUGUCACCGGAGGAGCUGGAGAAGCUGAAGGAGGCUGUGGACGAGAGGAAGAAACUGAUCCAAGGUCUGAGGGGGAAACCCUGGUCAAUGAAAAAGAAACUUGUGACUUUGAGGGAGUCUCAGGAGUUUGUGGAGAAAUAUGAGGGAGCGCUGGGGAAAGGGAAAGGCAGGAAGCUCUAUGCGUACAAGGUCAUGAUGGCUAAGAAAUGGAUGAAGUUUCAACGGGACUUUGAAAACUUCAAAACUGCCUGCAUUCCAUGGGAGAUGAAAAUCAAGGAAAUUGAAAGUCAUUUCGGCUCCUCAGUUGCCUCUUACUUCAUCUUCCUGAGGUGGAUGUAUGGCAUCAACAUGAUCCUGUUUGGUCUGACCUUUGGCCUAGUCAUGGUGCCAGAGGCAUUAAUGGGGCGUCCUUAUGGCAGCAUCCCAAGAAAGACCGUCCCCAGGGCUGAGGAGGCCAGUGCCAUGGACUUUGCUGUCUUAUGGGACUUUGGAGGUUACGCUCAGUAUUCAGUCCUCUUCUAUGGUUACUACAACAACCAGCGUGCCAUUGGCUGGCUCAAGUUCCGCAUGCCUCUGUCAUACUUCCUGGUUGGUGUGGGAACAGUGGCCUAUAGCUACAUGGUGGUCAUAAGAACGAUGGCCCGUAAUGCUAACGAGUCGGGAGUUGGAGAUGAUAACAGCUUUAAUUUCAGCUGGAAGACGUUCACCAGCUGGGAUUACCUGAUAGGAAACCCUGAAACUGCAGACAAUAAGUUUGCCUCCAUCACCACCAGCUUCAAGGAGGCAAUCUUAGAGGAGCAAGAGAGCCGAAAGGAUGACAACAUCCAUCUGACUCGUUUUCUGCGUGUGCUGGCCAACUUCCUAGUCUUGUGCUGCUUAGCAGGAAGUGGAUACCUCAUCUACUUUGUAGUGCGUCGCUCUCAAAAGUUUGCCCUUGAUGGACUGGAUACUCACACCUGGUGGGAGAGGAAUGAGGUGAACAUGGUUAUGUCAUUACUGGGGAUGUUCUGCCCCAUGUUGUUUGACGUCAUCAGUGCCCUGGAGAACUACCACCCUCGUGUCGCCCUGCAGUGGCAGCUGGGUCGUAUCUUUGCCCUCUUCUUGGGAAACCUCUAUACCUUCAUCAUUGCGCUCAUGGAUGAGAUCAACCUCAAAAGGGAAGAGGAAAAGAUAGUAAAGUUUAAUAUCACCACAUGGGAAGCCAGUCUUUAUAAUAGUACAGUAUCAGAAAACAGCACUGGUCCACCCAUCACUAUCCAGCCUGCUGAUGUGCCCAGAGGGCCCUGUUGGGAGACCAUGGUGGGGCAGGAGUUUGUCCGUCUGAUCAUAUCUGAUACGAUGACAACCUACAUCACGCUGCUGAUUGGUGAUUUCCUGAGAGCCGUGCUCGUUCGCUUUCUCAACUACUGCUGGUGUUGGGACCUGGAGGCCGGAUUUCCGUCUUACUCUGAGUUUGACGUCAGUGGGAACGUCCUGGGCCUGAUCUUCAAUCAAGGAAUGAUAUGGAUGGGUGCUUUCUAUGCCCCCUGCCUGCCUGCCCUGAACGUCCUCCGACUCCACGUGUCCAUGUACCUGCAGUGCUGGGCCGUGAUGUGCUGUAACGUGCCCCAGGAAAGGGUCUUCAAGGCCUCUGGCUCCAACAACUUCUACAUGGCCAUGCUGCUGGUCAUCCUCUUCCUGUCCACUCUGCCUGCCAUCUACACCAUCGUCACCAUCCCCCCUUCCUUUGACUGUGGACCCUUCAGUGGGAAGAAACGUAUGUUUGAUGUGAUCCAAGAGACUCUUGAGUCGGACUUCCCUGCCUGGUUCAGUAAAGUGUUCAGCUCUGCCUCUAACCCUGGACUGGUGCUACCCUUCAUACUGCUGAUGGUACUGGCCAUUUAUUACUUGCAAUCCACAUCCAAAAGCUACAAAGAAGCUAAUGUGGAACUGAAGAAAAAACUACAAACGCAAAACGAGGAGAACAAGAAGAAGAACAAACGAGCAGCGCUGAAGGCACAGAUGGACCUAGAGGAGGCCAGAAAAGCUGCAUCACAGACUGCAGAGCAACAAAAGAACAACAACGCGUCACUACAAGACCAAGAAGCCGAUGAGGAAGAAAAUCACAGCAGCAGUCAGAGGCUGUAUCAUGGGAAGAACAGACGCAACCCCCCUGCUCCGGUUAGAGAACAAGGACUUCCAGCCACCAGAGCCCCUGUCCCCAGGAACUAUCACCAUGGCAACCACGGGGCUCCUGGGUACCUGCCCGGUUUCCCUCGGCAAAGCGAACCGAGGAUGCACAGGGUGCCGAGCCUGCAGAGACACUGAGAGAAAACAACACGAAGAAAGAAGAAAACCGAGCACUUUAUUGAGAACUGAGAGAGUGUUGACGGCUCUUUUCCUCCUGAGAAAAUUAGUAACAUUUCAAAUUAGUUGUUUACUAAAUAAAUGUUAACAUGAGUAGAAUAUAAUUUUCUUUAAAUGUUGCAUUACAGUUGUUAUAUAUGCGUCAUAUGUCUUAUAUAUAAAGAGGGACGACAAGACAGCUCUCUAAAAGUGAAGCUAAAACAUCUUGAUCGCCCCUUGGUGGCUGACUGCAGUAGUUUGGUUUUAAUUAGUUAUUUAAAAGUAUAAAAAAGGGAGUUUCAGGUCAUGAUUGGCAGCUGAGGCCUGCUCACAUGUUGAUGUGCUCAAACAUUUCUCUGCUAGCUCCACUGGUGACACUUCUUAGCAGUACCUCAUUGUACUGCUCCUCAACAUACAGUAGAAAUCAAUGGAAACAGCAAUGCAAAAAUCUGUUGUUGAUGACGAAAGUAAGAGGGUAACAAAAACCAUAAAUUCAAGUACAAUUAACAAAAGUAGUGGAAGAUGAUGAUGAUAAAUAAAUAAAAUGUUGUUGUUUCUCUCUUAUUUCCUGCACAUCCACACAACUGUUACAGGCUUAUUUUAGAUUCUCAAAGGCAAACAUCGUAAUGUCCAGCACCAUGCCCUGCAAGAAAAAAAUGAACAAGAAACGGAUUUCUGUGCCACUCCACAGUGGUUUAGCCUGGCAGCCCUUAUGAAAAUUGUCUGACUCCACCAAUGAGGGUAUGAAACAGGGAAAAUAUUAGCAUGUAUUUGUAUGUGCAGCUUCCAUCUUUAUAUGGAGGUCUCCAUAUAAACUCUGCUUGGCCUAAUGUUUCCUAUCACAGCAACAAUCCAGAGCAGUUAUAUUAAUGACAUGUUUCUAAAAUAGGUGAACUAAACAUG